AUGUCAACAUCAUUAGGGUGUAUUACUCGAUCUCAACGUCAUGCUGACCUAAUCUAUACCUUAAUCUUCGUGCUCUCCUCCGGUGAGGUUUCCGGUGUUCUCUCCUCCUUUCGUUUGCUCGGCAAAGGUCUUCCGCGUGGCGGUGUGGUUCCGAUUAGAUCUACGGGUGUGCGUCUUGGUCUCUUGGAGCCCUCGAGGACGGAUCUCCGGCGGCAGCGCUUCAGAUAUGCGGCUUCCUCUUCAGAUUUGCGGCUCCUUGUCCAACUUAUUUUGCAUGUUUAG